CACUAAGCUUGCGCCUUCUUUUACAGAGCGCUCGUUGUGUGUCACGGUGUAGACCAGACGUGGAAUCGGUGGACUGAGAGUUGUGGCAUCUUUCUACUUCAAGAAGAUUCUUCAAAGGUUCUCAAUUCUUGGCUCUCCCACAUUCUGAACUUUUAAAUAUUUGUAGUUGGACUUGUUCUUUUUCCUAACUUAGAAUUUUUAAACAACUAAAAUAGUGCCUCAAUGUCAAAGUCCUUUCAGCAUUCAUCCUUAAGUAGAGAAAUGCAAGGCCAUAACAGACGUGAUUCUACGGGAAUGGGCAUUCUUCCUUCUAAUCAGUCCUUAAGUAUGCAAUCUUCUCUUGGAAGGAUGUCCCAGGGUGCUGGCCGUCUUGGUAAUUUGAUGAAUGUUGGAUCAAUGUCUCUGAAUCAGCAAGGAUCUCAAGGCACAUUAUCUAGUGGCUCUUCUCACAACUUACCUUCUAUUUUUAAUGUGGGAAAUAGAGCUCCACCCCCUUUAUCAUCACAAAGAGAAUCUGAUCAGGCUUCUAAAAUUUUAGCCAGCUUUGGUCUUUCCUCUAGGGAUUUGGAUGAAUUAAGCCGCUAUCCUGAGGAGAAAAUAACUCCUGAGAAUUUACCACAGAUCCUUCUACAACUUAAAAGGAGGAGAGCAGAAGAAGGUCCUGGGUUAAGUUAUAGAGAAGGCAUGUCUUCUCGGGAACAGUUAAGGGUUCCUAGAGAUGAUUGGGAAGACUCGAGACCAUUUAGGAGAGACAGUUUUGAUCGUGGAUCUGGUCUCAACCCAGUGGUUGAUUAUGACCACGGAAAUCGCUCCAGAGAGCCUGGUUAUGACAGAAGGGACUUUGAAGAUGACAGAUUAAGAGAUCGGGAAAGGGGUAGGGAAGAUUUCUUUCCAGAUUCCUCCUAUCGUAAAUUUGACAGGGACAUUGACCGCUUGAGUUAUGGCCGAUCAGAAGAAAGAUCUCUCUUUCAGAAAAAUAGAGGAGUACCUUCAACUAGCAAUAUUGAGGAUUUUCAUGGAUUAUUACCAAAAGGUUACCCUCAUCUCUGUUCUCUAUGUGAUAUCCCAAUUCAUUCUAAGCAGGACUAUAAUCAACACAUCAAUGGACCAACCCAUGGAAGACGCUGCCAACUACUUCUGGAAAUAUAUCCUGAGUGGAAUCCUGAUGCUGGCCGUGGAAGGGGUGAUCCUUUUAUGGUGCAUCAAUCCACUAACCCAGCACCAGGAAUUUUGGGACCUCCUCCCCCUCCAUUCCAUAUGGGAGAUGACGGUGGACGUGGGGGUUUUAGAAGACACCCAGGUGAAGACAUGCCAGGACCACGACACAUGCAAAAGCGAAGAGAGGGGGCUGGUAGAGUUGUUCAUAUAAUGGAUUUUCAGAGAGGAAAGAAUUUAACAUAUGAGAUUCUACGCCUUUGUGAGCCAUUUGGUGUUAUAAGAAAUCAUCUUAUUCUAAAUAAAAUUAAUGAGGCAUUCAUUGAAAUGGCUACUUGGGAGGAGGCUGUGACUGUUGUGGAUUUCUACAUGUCGCAUCCUGCACUAGUAUUUGGAAAACCAGUUAGAGUUCAUUUGUCUCAAAAAUAUAAAAGAAUUAAGAAACCAACCGUGAAGCCUGAUCCAAAAUUUGAUCCAAAAUUUGAACCAAAACAAGAUGCUGGGAAAGUGAUACAUUUGAGCAACCUACCCCAUUCUGGUUAUUCUGAUGGAUCAGUUAUCAAACUUGCUGAGGCAUACGGAAAAGUUAAAACAUAUAUUUUGAUGAGAAUGAAGAACAUGGCCUUUAUCGAAAUGGAAAAAGCAGAUGAUGCCAGGGCAAUGGUUGACCUUUGUUCGAAGAAAACUCUCUAUUUCCAGGGGAAGGCACUGAAGGUCGACCUUUCUGAAAAAUACAAAAGGCUUGCUCUGAGAUUUCCAAAUAAGGUAGCUGAACAACUUCAGAAAGAAAAGAACAGAAAAAGAGCACAUUCUCCAGAUCGCAAAGAUGGUGCAAGUGAUAAGAAAUCUGCUAAAGUAGAAGGUAGCAAUGGUGAAAGCAAAGGUUCUUCCAAAGACAAGACUUCAACAAAUGAGGAGUCCUCUCAGAAAAAGUCAGGGGAGCAAGAUGAUCAGAAAGACUCUGUUGUUGCCAUUUUGUUGGAGAAUGAGAGCGAGCUUAUAGGGGAGGAGGAAGAAGAGGAGGAGGAAGCGGCCGCUCUCAUGGAGACUAGUAGUUCUGUUGGUGAUGAAACUGAUCAGCAGGACUUAAGUGACCUGACUUCAAUGGAAACGGAUGCAGAUAAAACUACAAAGGAAGUCAGUACAUCAGUAAAAGGAAAACAAGACAAGCUGAAAAAGGGUUCACAUGAGUUUCCUGGUAAUAUAGAAGACUUUGUUACCUUGGAUGAAGUUGGAGAUGAAGAAGACCCUGAUGGUCAAAAGGUUAAAUCUGGCUUGGUGAACAAGGGCAUUAAAGUUGUCAGUUCUGUUGAAAUGAUGAUGGCAAGCACAAGUGUUGAUGAGCCUGAACAUGAAAAUGAAGCUACAGUGGUGAAGGAACAAGAUGAAAAGCAAAAAGUUAAUCCUGAAUGUGUAGAGUCUGAGACCGGUGAAAAUGCCACCAAGACAUCAGGGCCUAAAGAUUAUGUAAUUGGGCCGUAUCAGCCUAAUAAUCCUGUUGGUGUUGAAUAUGUGAUUCCAAAGAAUGGCUAUUACUGCAGACUGUGCUCACUUUUCUACACAAAUGAAGAGGUUGCUAAGGUUACGCACUGUAGCACUUUAUCUCACUAUCAGAAACUCAAGAAAAUCCUUGGAAAGAUGGCAAAAAAUCAAAAAAAGGACUGACUGAAGAUGUAGAAGAUGUAAAGAUUUGUGAAGGGGUUUUUUAUGUUGAAAGAAACCUGUUAUUUUUCUGCAAAAUGUCGUUUUUUUUUUCUUUUAAUUCUGCUAAUGCAAAUAUGCAGUUUGAUGUAGAAGUUUGUUAUUAAAACUUUCAAAUUUUUUAUAGCUUGUUCAAUGAUAGUCUGGGUGACAAUAAAAUGUUAAAUCCAUUCUCAUGGCACAAUCUUUGUUUUUCCUAUCAGUGAAUUAUAGCCUUUUUCUGUUAAAAAAAAAAAAGUGAAAUGAGAAAUGGUGGUGUCUAUAUAAAUACUACCUUUUUGAAUGGAAAGUAAAUUAAAAAAACAAAACUACAUGCAGCAGUUACUUGUUUUUGUGAAACUAAUAUAAAGUAAUAGCAUUGCAGGCUUAAUUAAAACAACCUAGGUAAUGUAUUUUAUAGCACAACAGUUGCAAAUAACACUUUUGGUGUGCUUCAGAAUUUCUAUCACUUUUUAAAUGCAGCACAUCACGUAUUCAUUUUGUAGUUUACCAAAGCAUUAAUUACUAACAAAUUACUUUCUGUAGUUAUAUGCCUAUUGGUAACCUGUCAAUCGUGUGUGGUGAUUGUGGGCUAGUUUGGCAUUUGGUCCUCAAACAUAUUGACAAGGAUUUUGUUUCUAUUGUGCCAUGUGAGCUUUUAUAUAAACUGUUCUCAUAGCAGUUGUGUAUCAAAUUUCAGAAGUAUUUUUCCCCAAGAACUAUUUAAAAUACAGUUUGCAUUUUUCAAAUGCACAUAACUAAAUGUUUGGGAGCUAUUUUUCAUUUGGUCAUUUUCACGAAGGAAAACUUAAUCACUUGAGAUUUUAAAAAGUAAAAUUUUGCUGGGACAUGCUUGCUUUUGAUGUAGAUUCUGUCCAGUUAAACACAUAUGCAAACUAUUGUACUGCAGUUAUCUAUUCCUUAUGUAAAUUGAUUAGUAUGUUGUAUUCUGAGUUCUUUGAAUUGUUGACAUGUCUUACUGCAAAGCUGCAUUAUUCACAGCAAGUUAAUGGGUUAUGAUUAAGUCAAGGUGAUCCUUAAAAGUGAGUGUUUAAAAAUAAACUGAAUAAAGACUGAAACUUUUUUAUUUCCGUGGAUCAUUUUGUUAAUGUGGCAUUGAAAAUUUUGAAUAAGGCAUUCAUAGAAUUUCCAUCAAACAAGGCAAACCCAAAAUUACAGAUCACAUGACUUGCAUUCGUAUGACAAUUUGAAUGGUCAUAGAAGUGUAACUUAAUUUGUUUACGGUUACAAAUAACUAGUUCAAAUUUUUGUUUAACAGUCCUACCUUUGUUACAAAUGGGAAAUGAAAAAUUUUGCUUUACUACACUUUUGUGCAUCUUGAGUGGUGCUAUUGCAUUUUUGAAGUAUAUCUUAAGACAGUUCAUUUUACACUUUGCAUACUGUAUAGUUAAUGCAAUAACUGAUUUUAAAGGAACAUGCGUGAUUGAUUUAAUGCAUUCCAAUGUGUGUAAUUAAAAAUAAACAGAACUCGAGCUUUCUGAUUUUCAUUUAAAAUAUGGAAAAUCAAAAAGGAUUAGAAGUGAUGCAUUAAACCUAAUCACUUGUCCUCUUUAAAUAUUUGUAUUCCAUUUGUGUUCUAGAACAUGAAUUCAUGCACUUCCUGUGUUGCAUUUUUUGUGUACAAUGCAGCCUGCUUUGGUCAGUAUUAGUUUUAAAGCUACAACCUAGUAUUCACAAGCAAAAGUGUUCAAGUUAACUACUGCUCUGUAUGCUACUGUAUCGAAAGAGCUCUUGCAUUUAAAACGUUUUAAAUAAACUGUUUAAAUCUUA